AUGGCAGAUCUUUCUUCAUUUAGCGUCCUGAGCUUCCCCGAUAACCCGAAUCUCCGAAUCGUCGCUGGCGUCGCCUCUUUUUCGGACGUGGUCGUGUUGUAUCCUGCUGGUUCUAUCAACCCUGGAAACGAGGUCAGGCCACACGGUGGCGUGCAGAACGUUACGUUGAAUUUUAGUGCGUUCUUUUCCGUGGACUUUGAUUGGGUGUUGGCAGGAAAGCUAUCAGGGUUGUAUGGCGUCUCUGCUGCAAAUUCCUUCAGUACUCGGUUGAUGUGGAGGAAGGAUGGCAAGGGUGAACUUUACUUGACCAAAAAUCUCUGCGAUGAUCCUCAAUCUGUCUGCACCACUGUUUAUGGUUUCUCUAUCGGUCGAGGCUCAUUUUUUCGCAAAACUGUCGUCCUGAACACCACUGGCCUAACCGACGGGUGUUUCAACGCUCGAUCACAUUCUUCGGCGGCCAUGAAGACAAGGUAUACAACCCCAAAGGAUCAAUACACAUGGUUCAAGGACCUUGCAAUGUGUUUGAAUGAAUGA